CUGAGUUUGAGGCAGGGUCUCUUGUUUGCCAUUCCAUACCUAUAAUUAUCUAAGGAUGUCUCUACCUCCUAUCUUGUCAUAGGUACACUGGGAUUACAAACAUGCACAGUUGUAUUUGGCUUCACCUGUGUUCUGGGGAUGUGAACUCAGGUCCUCAGUUGCAGGGCAAGCACUUUUACCCACUAUAAGCCAUCUUUUCAGCCCUGGAGUUUAUUAAGAGAUUUAUUACAGUCAACCCACGUGAGUCUAUUAAAUGGGUAACAGAGUUUAUUAAGGUAUAAAUUGAGGAAAUAAGCUCACGAUUACAGAAUGGAGUAGACAGCAGAAGUCAUCCUCUGAUCUGACCAGGAGCGAAUCCACCUCAUAGGCAGGAACAGGGAGAAGGGGCGUGUGACCCUUCUCCAACUCCUUAUAAGAAAGAGGUCACUACAAGGCAGGAAGCACCACCUCCUUUGGGCCAUAUAGCCCAAGGUUAUGGAUGGAGCAAAUACGACCACAGAGAUUUAAACAUAGAUUUAAGCAUAGAUAUUAGCAAGAAAGGCACUUCAGGAAAAGUGUAGGCUUGUCAAGGGGGAGCCACACUUAAUUGUUACAACUUUUGUGACUUCUGAAGUUACAUCUCCAACAGUUCAUAAAGGACUCCUUUUCUCUCCAUUUUAGUAAUUGGGAUCAUGGGUUGUUUCCUGGGGUGCCUUGGAUGGGAUUAGAAUGUCUAGCUGUUACAGACAGAAAGGUGUGGUCCUGAAUUCUUCCAUCCCCUCUUAGAUCUCCAUGCCACCCCAUUGUCUAUGUAACUCAGCCUGCCUGGCAGGAAUGAUACUAUGAAGAGACAUGGAUGUCUCUCUCUUUGGCCAACAGACUAUUGAAACAAAUCAGAAUUUUUCCAGGAAUCUCAUCCUGGAAGAAAAGGCUGAGGAUAGAUAACCAGAGGAGGAACUUGUCUAUGCGAGAAACAUUAAGUCUGACGUUCUACCAUACUGUCAAGACAGGCACUGAGAGUAGGGAGGAGGGUGGACUACACCUCAACCUUGGCUGGACUGCUUAGUUAAGCUUAUUGCUGGCCUUCUACUUUAUCCUGCCAGUAGGACCUGAAGAUGGACUAGGGAGCAGUCAUCCUACUUCCUAGUGUAAACCAGAUUGAAUAAAUCUUGUUCUGUUUUCUCCUCCCCUCUCCUCCCCUCCCUCCACCUUUCUUUCCUUUCUCACACUUUAUUUUUCUUUCUCAAGGUGUCUCUAUUCUGUAGCUCUGGCUGUCCUAGAACUUGCUAUGUAGACUAGACAGGCUUCAAAAUCUCAGACAUCCACCUGCCUCUGCCAACUGGGUGCUGGGAUUUAGGUAAGGCAUGUGCCACCAUGCCUGGCUGCUUUUCACUAUUAAUUUAAUUCUUGUUUUGUGGGAGGAUGAGCGGCAGAGGCUGUUUCAUUAGGGUAGUCAGGACACAGGCUCUGGUCCUAAUUCCAGUGACAGAAGGUAGCUGCCAUCAAAUACAGCCCUCAUUCCUUAAACUCCACAUUUUCCCACUAUAAACAAUAUUGUUUUUCUUUAUUAUUGAGUCUGUUAUAACCACAUCAAAGGAUUGGGGUAGAAUUCUGUCCUUAUUUUAAAGAUGGGGAAAGAGGUUCACAGAGAUAAAUGGUUUAACACUAUAGUUAUGUAUAACUGCUCUUCUUAUCCCUCCAUUCUAGUGAUUCAUUAAAGUUGAAAAUGAAGCCACCUUUAUUUUCACCCCACCUAAGCCAGGCAGGGUGACAGGUCUGUAAUCACUUGGAAGGUUGAAGCAGGUUUAUGAGGAUUUAAGGUCAACCAAGAUGUACAACAGAGUAAGGAGGGUGGCAUGCACUCACGCGGGACUUAGAUUAGCACUGGCCAAGCUUCCGCGUUUCUCCUCCCACCUCCUGGGCCCCCCCUAGCAGCUGACGGAGCCUUUAGUCCAAUGUUGGAGACUUGAAACCCGCCUGGGCCUGAGAUGGGGAACCAGUGCUAAAACUCAGGCUCCGGAAGGUCCUCCCACUCCCGAGUUUUCAUUGCUCUCCUGGGCUCCGCCCCGCGCCUGUCUCUUAGCAGUGUCUGCUGUGGUGUUCCGGAGCGGGCAGCGUAGGCGUUGACGAAUGGAGGAGGCUGCGUGCACUCUCGGAUUUUUUGGCCUUUGAGGAUGUGGCAGUGAAGUUCAGCCAGGAAGAAUGGAUUUUGCUGGAUCCUUCUCAGAAGAAGCUAUACAGAGAUGUGAUGCUGGAAACCUGCAGUAACCUUACUUUUAUAGGCAUCAAAUGGGAAAACCAGAAUAUUGAAGAACAGUGCAGACAUUCUUGGAGAUAUCUAAGAAAUUAUAUGGUAGAUGCAGUCUAUGAACAUAAAGAAGGUGGUCAGUUUCAAGAAACCUUUACCUGGAUACCAAAUCUCCAUAGAAGUAUGAACAUUUCUACUGGAAUAAAACCAUUUGAAUGUGGUGUGUGUGGAAAAGUCUUCAUUUGUCAUUCAUCCUUUAAUGAGCACAUCAUGUCUCACUUGGGGGACAAACCAUCUGAUCACAAAUAUGGUUCAUUUGGAAUACAGCAGCAAAGUCAUAGUUGUGAAAAAUCCUGUAAGCAAUGUGGGAUGGCCUUCGUUUGCACCUGUUCAUUUUCUGUAGAUGGAAGAACCAACACUGAAGACAAAUGUUAUGAAUGUACACAAUGUGGUAAAGCUCUGAGUUCUUCUAGUUCCCUUCAAACUCAUAAAAGAGUUCAUACUGGAGAAAGACCCUAUGAAUGUGAACAAUGUGGAAAAUCCUUUAGACAUCAAAGUUCAUUUCGAUUACACAAAUUAACUCAUAUUGGAGGGAAACCCUAUGAAUGUAAACAAUGUGGGAAAGCUUUCAGAUGUCACAAUUAUCUUCAAUUACAUGAAAUUUUUCAUAUUGAAGAAAACCCCUAUGAAUGUAAACAAUGUGGGAAAACCCUCUGUUCUCUAAGUUCUCUUCGAUUUCAUGAAAGGAUUCAUAAUGCAGAAAAACUUUAUGUAUGUAAACAGUGUGGUAAAGCUUUCAAAUGUCAAAGUUACCUUCGAAUGCAUGAAAGAACCCAUAAUGCUGAAAAAUGUUAUGACUGUAAACAGUGCGGUAAAGCUUUCAGAAGUCACUGUUCCCUUCAAAGACAUAAAAUAGCUCAUCCUAGGAAAAAAACUUAUGCAUGUAAACAGUGUGGUAAGUUCUUCACUUACCUAUAUUUACUUCAGACACAUGAAAGGUUUCACACUGGAGAGAAACCAUAUAAAUGUAAGCUGUGCAGUAAAGCCUUCCUUUGUUCCCCUCUUCUUCAAAGACAUAAAAGAACUCAUACUUGGGGAAAACCCUAUACAUGUAAACAGUGUGGUAAAUCCUUUGGAAGUCACAGUUCCCUUCGAUUGCAUGCAAGGGCUCAUACUGUAGAGAAACCUUAUAAAUGUAAGGUGUGUAGUAAAGCAUUUUUAUGUCCUCCUUUCCUUCAAAGACAUGAACGAGCUCACACUGAGCAAAAGCCCUUUGAAUGUAAGCAAUGUAGUAAAAUCUUCAGGGAUUGGAGUACCUUCCAAGUACAUGAAAGAUCUCAUAUUGUAGAAAAGCCCUAUAAAUGUAAGCUAUGUAGUAAAGCCUUUUUUUAUCUCUCUUCCCUGGAAAGACAUGAAAAGAUUCAUAAUGGAGAAAAACAGUAUGCAUGUAAAUAUGCAUGUAAACAAUGUAGUCAGUCCUUCAUUUUUCCUUGUUUACUUGAGAGGCAUUUAAGAACUCAUACUGAUAGAAAACCCUAUGAAUGUAAGCAGUGUGGUAAAGCAUUUAGAAGUCUCACUUAUGUUCACAUACAUAAAAGAACUCACACUGAAGAAAAACUGUAUACAUGUAAACAGUGUGAUAAAAGUCUCAGUUGUCCCAGUGCCCUCCAGUUACAUGAACUAACUCAUACUAGAGAAAAACCCUAUGCAUGUCUGCAGUUUGAUAAAACCGUCAGAAAACUCAGUUAUUUUCAAGUACCUGAAAAGACCCAUACUGAAGAAAAAGCUUAUGAAAAUAAGCAAUGUGGUAAAAUUCUCGAUUGUUCAAGUUCCCUUCAGCUACACGAAAGAAUCCACACUGGGGAGAAAUCACAUGAAUGUAAACAAUGUGGUAAAACCUUCACAAUCCUUAGUAGUCUUCGAGUGCAUGAAAUAUCUCACAGUAAUGAGAAACCUUAUGAAUGCAAGCAACGUGGUAAAGUUUUCAGUCUUAGUAAUAUACAUGAAGGAAAGAAAGCUGAAGGAAAUCCAUCUGAAUGUAAGCAGUGUGGCAAGUCCUUUGUUUCUCGAUAUUUACUUCAAAUGCAUGAAAGGUCUCAUUCUGCAGAGAAACGCUAUGAAUGUAAGGUAUGUGGUAAAACCUUCAUUUAUCCCUCAUUUCUUCAAAGACAUGAAAGAACACAUACUGGAGAAAAACCUUAUGGAUGUAAACAAUGUGGUAAGGCCUUCAGAGUACAGAGCUCCCUUCGAUUACAUGAAAGAACUCAUUCUGAGGAAAAACCUUAUGAAUGUCAACACUGUGGUAAAGCCUUCUGGCGUCUCCCUUCUCUUCAAGUACAUGAAAGAAUCCAUACUGGAGAAAAACCCUUUGAGUGUAAACAAUGUGGCAAAACUUUCAGAUGUCACAGCUCCCUUCAGAGACAUGAAAGAACUCAUAGUCAUGAAAAACCAUAUGAAUGUAAACAGUGUGGUAAGGCCUUUAGAUGUCACCGGUCCCUUCAAAGACAUGGAAAAACUCAUGCUGGAGAAAAAGCCCCAUGAAUCUGAACAGUGCAAAAACUUGUAGACUUUCUAAUUUCCUUCUAAUGUUUGAAAAUACUCCUGAGAAAAAAGUCUGGUAGUAUAAAAUGAGGUGAAAGCUUCAGUUUUUGUUUUUAAACCAUAGACUUAUGGAGAAAGACCUAUCAGCAAUAUAUGUUAAGAUGUUCAGUUCCAAGCUGGGCAUGGUAGUGCAUGCCUUUAAUCGUAGUACUGUGGAGGCAGAGGCAGGCAGAUAUGGGAGUUCCACACUGGCCAGGGAUACACAGAAAAACCCUGUCUUAGAAAACAAAACAAAGAUGUUCAAUUCCAUUUGAAAACUUGGACACCUUUGAUGGAACACCUUAAGAAUGUAAUGUGAGGAUACCUAAUUUUUCAUAUGUCCUCUUUGGUAAUGCAAACAGAUAGCUUUUAUAAGAAUGGAUGUUGGGUUGAAACUAGUUUGAAAAGUAAAGCUUGUAAAAUUUUAACAGUAAAAGUCAUGAAGACUACUAGAAGUAAAUUUUAAGUAUUUUGAAAUCCUGAUGAAAAUUAACCUAUAAUGUUCAGAUUUUUAUAACAUGAAUGUAAUGUUAUAUAGGUUAUGACUAUAUUGUGUUUAUAAGGAAUUUGCAUUUAAUAAUGGUCCUAGAAAGACUUGGUGGUGCAAACCUGUAGUGCUAGCUACUUAGGUGGCUGAUGGGGGAGAAUUGCAAGUUCAGGACUUGCCCUGUUCUGCAAUCAGAAGCUGAAGAGUACUGGAAAUGUUCGUUAGGUAGAAUACUUGCUGGGCACACAUGAAACUAUAAGUUCAGUCCCCAGUACUCUUAUCAAAAGAAUAAGAAUGUCCUAAAAGAAUGAGUUGCCAUUUCUUUUAGAGGCUUACAUUGAGGUAAAAAUUAAUAGUCUUCCAACAAUAGAGGUAGUUUGUGAUAUAUAGUUUAAGCAAUUUCAUAACUGAAGAUCAUUGUGUGCUGUUGCUUUUCCUGAUGCUGUGAUAAAAUAUUCCAACUAAACAAGCUAGUAAGAGUUUCUGUUGGUUCAGAGGUUGAGUUGUGUCUCAGUCUAACAAUGGCACAGAAGUCUCAGCAGGAGGAGCAUUUUGGAGCCUGUCUCACUGUAUGUGCAGUCAAGCAAAGACUGAAGAGUACUCAUGACUUCCCAGCUUUCUCCCUUUUAUUGGCUAGAACCUCCUUCAGGGUGGGUCCUCCUGUCUCAAAUCCCUUACAGCAAGCUCAGAAGCUCAUCUCCCAGGUGAUUCUAGGUCUUAAGAUGAUAAUAUCAACUAUCACAAAUAUAGUAUAAUCUCCCCCACACUACUGCAAACAUGCAGUAUAUAUUAUACUGAUUGUUUUAGGCAGGGGUAGCAGUAAUUAUUUAGGAAACUGAAAAUAUUUGGUGUAAAUAUAUGAAAGAAUAAUGGUAUAAGUACUACACUUAUGAAGGCUCCGUAUUGUGAUUGGAGUCUUAAGGACUAGAUGUUGCUCUGGGUGUCAGUGAGUUGUACUUUAGUAAAUGUUAAGGACAUUACUAUCAGCUAAUAUUACUACUAUUAACAUUAUAAACACUGUAGACUUAAGAUUUUAUUAUUUAUAAAAUACUGUCCUCAGUGAAUUAGCUCAUAACUUUUUCACUUUGCAAAUUUAAAAUUUUUAUUAUACUUUCCUAGUCACAUCAGUUUGCAAGUAAGAAAUUGGUUUACCUUUGGAUUACAUUGUGUUAAAAAGCUUGAUUUUUUUUUAAAAAAAUGUUUUCUAAUUUACCAAAAUGUAUUUUAUAAAGAUUGUUUAGUGAAUUUGAGUUUUAGAUUAUCCAAUAGUUUAUGAAAUGGUCCUAAAUGUACUUUUGCCAUUUUGUACUAAUUUAUGUGAAGGGUAUUUAGCAAUUAUGAUUCAACUCUAGAAAAUACUGAUUCUCUAUAUUUUGUAUUCUCAGAUAUUCAGCUAAGAUUUAUUUAUCUAUCCCCCUCCCCUCUUUUUUUUGAGAUAAGGUCUCACUGUGUAACCCUGACUGGUUGGAACUCAGUAUGUUAGACGAGACUGGCCUUGAAUUCAGAGAUUCACCUGCCUCUGCCUCCUGAGUGUUGAGAUUAAAGGCUAGUGCCACAUUCAGGUAAGAUUUAAUAAUUGAUUUAAAAUAAGCAUCUCACCUCAAUUAGUAUGAAAAUUUGCUUUCAUCUUUAAUAAAUGGUAAAGUUUUUAACUAAAGAAUUGUUUUUAAAUAGACUUCUUUUAAAAAAUACUUUAAGUUACAAUUAUUUUUUUUGUCUGUAUAUGUAAAGAGAAGCAAUAUAGCCAGAAGCUGAUUCACAUACUGUGAAAAGCUGGCAGAUAAAAUUUUGCUUCUGCCAUGCUAACACUGCAUAUUCUGUUUUGUUCUGUUUGUAGAUCAGAGCACAGAGAGGGUUAGAGUUAAGAUUAAAGAUUAGGGUUAGGUUUAGAGGAGUAGAAAUUAAGUUUCAUAUAAGGAUUAAAGUUUUUAUUGUUAUGGAUUAGGAUGUCAUAGUGGUGGGGCUAAAGAUUGGGUACAAGGGUUAGGGGUUUAAAUCUUAGGUUAGGUUUUUGCAUUAUGGAUUAAUGUUUGGAAUAUGGUUAAGAUUAAUUUUAAAUGUGGAUGAACAUGAGGUACAGUGUUGUAUAUCAUUAGGGUUUGGGUUGGGAUCAGAGUUAGGUUAUGUUUAGGGUAGUGAUAGUGUUGGUAGUUGAGUAGGAUUGAGGAUAUGAUUAGUGUUAAGAUUUUGGAUGUUAAGAGUAAUAGUGAACAUUAACGUAGGUUGUCAAUAGAGACAGCAUUAGGGUAAGAGAUUAAGAUUAGGUUUAGGAUAUAUUUAAAGAUUAGUGUGAAGCAGCAACAUAUUUUGCCUUUCAAACAGACUUUCUGUGGUGGUUUAAAUAAAAAUGGCACUGUUAGGAGGUUGACUUGUUGGAGAAGUGUGUCACUAGGGUCUGGGCUUUGAGGUCUCAAAUGCUCAAGCCAGGUCAAUUGUGACAUUUCACUUCCUGCUGCCUGCUGAUCUAGAUGUAGAACUCUCAGCUCUUUCAGUACCAUGUCUGCCUGCGUGCUGCCAUACUUCCCACCAUGACGAUAAUGGUGUAAACCCCAGAAGCUGUAAGCCAGCCUCAAUUAAAUGUUUUCCUUUAUAAGAGUUGCCUUGGUUAUGGUGUCUGUUCACAGACACCUUCUUUAUGUUUAGAAACUUUUAAAUGAAAAGAAGUGUGUUAGAGAGCAUGGAAAAUUCAGAAAAGUAACAUUUUUUUUUUCUUUUUAGUACUCAAGUCAUUUCUAAUGUGUCAUGUUGCCUCAAAACUUAGUGUCUCAGAAAUAUACUUUCCUUAGGACUUCGUAGGUAAAUGGCCACUGUGGGAAGAGGCCUGUAUUAGGUCUGGACUAAAGAGAGUGUUUCAGAGGCCUAAGAUUGUUUGCUUUGUCUGCCUAAUGAGAGAAGUUAAGUGUGAGGUAAAUCUCACUUAGUAACACAUUCCAUAGUGAUUAUAAAACACUAAGCUGUGCCCUUAACAGUGAUCCUCUGUCCUAAUACAGUAGUACCCCACUUUUCUACAUAGUGAUCCAUUGUCCCAUCACAUACCUUCUCUAUCUUACCACAGUGCUCCUCUAUUCCAUUCUAGUGUUCCCCAUCAUAAUGCUUAUCUGUUUUUGAAAUUUUCUGUCUAUCAUAUUCUUUUGAUUCAUCAAGAUGUAACAGUUACAUCAUCACUCUCCACUCUGCUAUCUCAAUUCUCCAUUGUUCUAUCACAGUGCUUUAUAGUUCAAUCAUAGUGCUCUUCUAUCCAUCAGUGUCCAGUUUUUCUAUUAUAUACCAAUGUACUAGUCAAAACGCUCAGUUGUUCUAUCACAGUGUUCCACAUUUCCCACCACAGCACUCUAUAGUACUGUUACAGUACUCCACUCUUUUCAACACAGUGUUCCUCUGCUUCAUCACCAGGUUCCACUGUCAUGUCUCAAGUGCCCACUGUCCCAUCAACAAGGCUCAUCUGUCCCAUCAUAAUGCUCUAGUACUCCCAAACAGUAGAACAGUAGUACCUCAUUGCCCUGUAACAGUGCUAUAUUGUGGUAAUAUAAUGCUCAUCCUUUUUUGUUGUUGUUGUUGUUUGUUUGCCACUAUACUCUUCUGUGCUAUCACAAUGUACCACUGUGAUAUCACAACACUAUUCAUUAUUUCAUCUCAAUAUCCAUUGUUCUAUAACAGUAUGUUAUUGUUUCACAAUUAGUGCUCUUUCAUCCUGUUUUCAUGCUUUAUUUAUCAUACUUUGUUUUUGCUUUUGAAAUGUGUCUCAAUAUGUAGUCCUGGAUAGUCUGGAACUUGAUAUAUAGACCAGGCUGGCCUCAGACUCUCAUACAUCCUUAGUGCUCGGCUUGACAAUGUGUGCCACCAUGUCUAGCCAAGUGGUUCAUGUCAGUCCUCUCCUGUCCCAGUGUAAUGCUUCACUGUCCUGUCAACAUGCUUCUUUGUCCGUCACAGUGUUGUACUGGCCAAUCAAACAAUCACAAUGGUUUUUUUCCAUACAUUUAGAAGUAUUGUCACAAUGCUCCUCUCUCUGGUCCUAAUGCUUUCUGUCAUAUCAGAGUGCUGCAGUGUCAUUACAGUGUUCCAUUGUUCUGUCAAUAUUUUGCUAUUCAAUCAUAGUGCUUCUCUUUUCUAUUGCGGUGUUCAGUAAAUGUCUACUUACGCACCUCAAUUUCAGUUCUCAUCAUAAUCCUUUAUACUAUUGCAUUUCUCAGCUGUCCAAUCACAGUAUUUCUCUAUCCUAUCAUGGUCCAUUUUUCUCUCACAAUGUACCUCUGUACUCAUCACAAUGUUUCAUUGUCUCAUCACAAUAUUACAUUGAUCUAAAAUCAGUCUCUACGACUGUACUCAACCACAAUACUCAUGUUCUGUCACAAUGUUUCUUCAUAUUUUCUUUUGUUCUAUCACAACACUUUUGUGUUCUCUCAAAUUCUCUACCCUCCCUAUCACAGUGUACCACUGUUCUGUUAUAUUCCAUUACAAUGCUCACCUGCCCUGUCAUAAUGUCCCCCAUCCCAUCAUAAUGUUCUUAGGUUCCAUCAGAUUGUUCCAGUAUCCUGUCACAAUCCUGUUCUAAUAACAGUGCUCCACUGUCUGAUCACAAUUCUCUGUACCUGUCACAAUUCUUCACUUUAUCCAUCACAGUGUUCUACUAUGCUGUCACAAUAUUCCACUGUCCAGUCCAAUGCUCAUUCAUAUCAUAAUGUAACACUGUGAGAAGCCUCACCACUGAAGCUCAAGAAAAUAGACAGUCUCCUUUCCUACAAGAAGCAGGACCUAUAAACUUAUUAAGCCUGGGAAGAUCUCUACAGGAAAACAGGCAGAAUCAAGCCUCAGAGAGCAAUAAAAACUGCAUGGGAUGUACUGCUCUACAUACAUGGGACCUGCAGGAUCUGAGGAGGUCAAAAUGGAGUUCUGAGAGAAAGGUCUUACAAAUUCCUCUUCCCGCAUAUGCCAGAAUAUAGGCUAAAAAGCCCAGUGGCUCUCAUUUACCCCUCUCCCACACAGCACCAUGUGUACCUUACUAGAACCAGAAGUAUCUAAGAACUGGUUUUCAACUCUGCAACUGAAAUUGUGUCAGCAAUUUCAUUCCAUAAAUAUUUUUAAAAAUCUAUUAUUCGAUCUCUUUUUGCAUGUAUGUCUCAGUGCUUUUGUUUACACAGUAUUUUGUUAGGUUCUAGGAUUGUUCUAUGUAUCUUCACCCAGGGACUCCCUACUCUACUUCACCUACAUCUUAUCCCUUCAUAUGUGCAUGUCAUUUCCUCCUUCAUACUUUACCCAUCCUCUUUUGUACUUAAAAGAAAAAAUCUUGUGUUUGCCUGCAUGUUUGUACCACAGACAUGGUGCCUGUAGAGACCUGAAGAGCACAUCAUAUUCUCUAGAAGUGGAAUUUCCACAGAGUUGUUAGUGGUUAUGUGGGUGCUGGGAACCAAACCUAAGUCCUCUACAAAAGCAACAAAUAUGAUUAACCACUGAGUCACCUCUCCAGCCCCCUUUUUUCCUUUAUAAACAUCUACAGUUAUACCUCUGACCUUCAUGGGCAUCUGCACUCGUGUGGUGCUCACAAGCUCACAUAGGCAUACACACAUAAAAAACUUUAUAACCUUCCAAUCAUUUAUAGACUAUAUCCACUGGACUUGUAAUAAUAUCCCAAGUUUUCCUUCCCAGCUGCUUUUCCCACUUCCUCACCAACCCUGUUUCCCUCCCAUACCAGAUCUUAGUUACUAAAAUUGGAUGUGGGAUGGCCUAGCCCACUGUGCACGAUACCAUCCCUAGGCAGGUGAACCUGGGCUUUAUAAGAAGGUAGCUGAAAAUGAGCAAGAGUGAAGCAGAUAGCAAGCCAGCAAUCAGUAUUCCUCCAUGGUUUUUGUUUGAUUUCCCACUGUGAGUUCCCUCAAUGAUGGAUUGUGACCUAGGAGUGCAAGGUGAAAUAAACUCUUUUCUUCCCAAGUUGCUUUUUGUCAGAGUGUUUUAUCACAGCAAGAGAGUGAAAGUAGAACAUACCAGUUCUUUGAAAAGAUAAGCAAGGUUGGCAACCCCAUAGACAAAUCUGGGAAAAGGACAGAGAGAACCCAAAUUGAUAAAAUUAGAGAUGAACAGAGAGUCAUCAGAUAUACACCAAUGAAAUAGAGAAGAUCAUUAGUUUAUACCUUAAAGAUGUAUUCUAUAGAACUGGAAAAUCUAAAGAAAACUGCUGAAAUUCUAGAUGCAUAUGGCCUAACAAAAUUAAACUAAGAUGAGAUGAAUGCAGACAUGGUUCAUUAUAAGUCUGUUAUUUAAUGUUGUAUAAAUAGAUUCAAGGAUGGAAAUCAUGGUCAUCUCAAUAGAUGCAGAAAAGGCUUUCUGAGAAGAUAAAAUAUUUCCUCCAUAAGAUAAGCCUAUGGCCAACAUUAGAAAACUAAAACAUUUCCACAAAAAUCAGGAACAAGACAAGGGUGUUUUUCCACUCAAAACAGUUCUUGAUUCUUAGAGCUGUAGGACGAGACGUAUAGGAUGCAAGUGUAAAAAGACAAAACAUAAUUUGCAGGUGAUAUAUGUAAACCCUAAACCAUCUAUCAGGAAACUUAAAAUUGACAAACACUUUCAUCAAAUUGACAGAAUAUAAAAUUAAUACAUAAAAAUUAAGAGCCUUACUAUGUAUACACCAGUAGCAAAUAUACUGAGAAAGAUAUCAAGGAAACAGUCCCAUGUACUCUAAUCUUUAAACAAGAACAAAAACCUUGGAAUAAACCUAAAGUUGCAAAAGAGCUUUACAAUGAAAACUUUAAACCAAAGUGAUCAAAGAAGGUACAAGAAGAUGAAAAGACCUCCUGUGUUCAUGGAUCAGAAGAAUUACUAUUGUAAGAAUAGCUAUCCUUCCAAAACAAUACAUAUUCAAGGCAAUCCCAAUAAAAUGUCAAAUGCUAUUCUUUACACAAAUAGAAAAAUGUUCUUAAAAUUAAUAUGGAAACAUAAAAGGCCCUGAAUAACUAAACCAAUACUGAACAAUAAAAAUACCGAAGAAUUAAGAAGAGCACUGCUGCUCUUGUAGAGGUCACAGCACCCACAUGGUGGCUUAUAACCAACUCUAUCUCCAAUACCAGGGAAGGUGACACCCUUUUCUGGCCUCUAGGGGUACAUAUGUGAAUAGGGCUCAGAUUAUUGUUGACAGGAGGAGUAGAGCUUAAUUGAUGGUUAGAGCUAUGGUUUAUUGUUAAUGUUAGAAUUAGGGUUAAGACUAAGUUUGGUGAUAUGAUUAGGUUAGGAUUUGUGUGACUACUUGUGAUGGCUAUUCUAGGUUGUCAACUUGACUGUAUCUGGAAGGAACUACAAUCCAGAAAUGGAGGGCACACCUGUGAGAGAUACUCUGUUUUGUUUAAAGUGGGUGAUUCUACUUUUAGUCCAAACCUUUAAGGUAAGAGGACACAUCUCUGAUCCAGAUAUUGAGGUGGGAAAACAACAUGCCUUUGAUCAGAAUAUUGAUGCACGAAGACAUAGGCUUUUGAUUUGGAUGUUAAGGUGGGAAGAUACUUUAAUCCAGAUCUUGAAGCAGGAUGAUACACCUUUAAUCUGGGUCACCCCCUCUGCUGGAAGCCUAAUUAAGGAAGAAGGAAGGUUUUGCUGUUUUCCUGCUUGCCCUUGCAUUUCUAACACAUCCAUUCCUUCACUUGCAUUGGAGCCUACUUCUUUGGGAUUCCAGCAUAUACAGAAGACCAGCUGAGAUACCCAGCCUUGUGUGACUGAGUAGCUACCAAAUUCUUGGACUUUCUGUACAUAGCUAGUCAUUAUUGCAUUAAUGAAUUGCCUCUAGGACAUUCCAAGAAAUUCCAAUAAAAUUCCAUACAUAUAUAUAGCUAAUGUUAAGGUUAACAUGGGGGUUAAUAUUAGGUACUGAGUUGGAAUUGUAAUGACAUUGAGAUCUAGGUGAAUGUUAGGGUUAGUUCCUGGGUUAGUUUAGGGUGAGGGGUUAAAUUUAUGUUAGAAAUAAGAUUACAGGUUAAACUUGGGUUUGUUGUUAAAGUUAGGAAUACUUUUAAGGUUAUGAUUAGAAUUAGAAUUAGAAUUAGGGUUAGGGCUAGGCUAAUGUUAGAAUUAUAGAUUUGUAAUUAGGUAUAGGGUUAGGUUCGUGUCAGGGUAAAGGAUAGAGUGAGACUUUAUGCAAUGUUAGUGUUACUGUUAGGGUUAGGCUGAAAGUUAAGGUUAGGAAUAGUUUUAGGGAUAGUGUUAACAGGAUAAGGGUCGCAGAUAAGACUAGGCCAUUGCUAUGGUUAUGCUUGGGGUAGUGUUAGUGCUAGACUAUAGGUUAAGUUUAGGUUGACAAGGUUCUGUUAGGAAUGGAAUGAGGUUUUGUUUUAAGGCUAGGGUUAAGAUUAGGGUUUUGUUAUGGUUGGCUCUCUCCAUGGAUUUUUCUGCUUGCUUUCUUAUACAACCCAGAACCACCUGCUCAGGGAUUGUACUUCCUGUAGUGUUCUGGCUUUCUAACUACAACCAUGAAUCAAUAAAAUUAUCCACAGACAUGUCCACAUAGCAAUCGAAUGGAAGCAAUUUCUUAGUUGAGAUUCAAUCUUUCCAGAUAUAUCUCUACUUGUUUCAAGUUGACAAAACCUAUCUAGCCCAGCUAGUGUUAGAUUUGGGUCAUGUUUAUAGUUAGGGUUACUAUUCUAUAGCUGUGAUAAAUCUCAUUUCCAAGGAAAAUUAUAGAAGAAAGCAUUUAAUUUGGGGGCUACAGUUUCAGAGGAUUAGAGUCCAUGAUGGCAGAGCAAAGACAUGGUCUAGGAACAGUUGAGAGCCUACAUCUUGAUCCUCAAGUAGGUAGAGAUAGACAAUCAGAAUGGCUAGAGUCUCUUGAAAUCUCAAAGCCCACCCCUAGUGACACACCUCCUUCAACAAGGCCACACCACUAAUUAUUCUUAAAUAAUUCUACCAACUGGGGACCAAUUAUUCAAACAUAUGAUCCUAUUGGGGCCAUUUUCAUUUAAAAUACCACAUUAAUAUUCUCUGUCAUGUUAGUUUGAGGUUAGAGUUAUGAUUCGAUGUUGCCUAGAGUUAGGUUUAGGGUUAGAUUUAUGGUUAUAACUUAUUAUGGUUUGGGCUUAGAGUGAGUGCUAUUGUUAGCCUUAGGGAUACACUAUAGUUACAAUUAGGGUUUGGAUUAAGGUUAGAUUAGGAAGAGGGAUAAGAUUAGUGUAAUGUUUAGGAUGAGGUUUGGGUUAGUUUUAGUGCUGGGUCUAGAUAUAUAAUUAGGGUAAGUGUUAGUUGUGGGUUAUGUUUAAGUUAAGGUUAGGAUUAGGGUUGAGGUUAAGGCUAAAGUUAACAUUGUGAUGUUGGUCUUGGUAAAUUUAUGUUCUAUAUUAUAAUUAAAUUUCAGCUUAAAGUCAGGGUUAGGUGUAGGACUGGAGCUAGGAGAGGAUUAGUGUCAUGGAUAAUAAAGGAUUGCAGUUAAGUCUGAGAUAGUAUUAGGGUUUGUUAAUACAGUUAUGAUUGUGUUUAGAGAUAGAGCUAGGGAUAGGAUUAAGGCUAGGCUAAGAUUACAGUUAUUGCAAUGGCUAAAGUUUGUGCUAUGGGUAGUUGUACAACAAUGUGGUCUUGUGAUAUCAUGAAGCACCAUUGUAUCUAGUAUGCUGAAUUGUAACACUGAAGUACUCAGUUGUGCAAGCACAAUGCUGUAGUGUGUCAUCACAGUGCUGUAUUGUUCCAGCACAACUGUGUAAUUCGACACAAUGCUCAUUAUCAUCUCAAUACUCCAUUAGCUUACAAGGCACCAGCAUCUGAUCAAAACAGUGUGUAUUCAUAGUGCUCCAUUGUGUCAUCACAGUGCUUCAAUGUGCCAUCACGGUACUCUAUUGUGAUAUGAGAAUGUUCCAUUGUAUCACCACAUCCUGAAUUAUGAUAACUGACCUCUAUUGGACACUCAUAUGCUCAAUUUUGGCAUCAUGAUGUUGUGUUGUGACAAUACAAUAAAAUAAUGUGUCAACAGUGCUCCACUGUGCUAUCAAAAUGCUGAACUAAAACAACACAUUUCUGAAAUUUGGUAUUAUAAUACGGUCAUAAGUCAUCAAAUAGCUCUACUGUGCCAUCACUAUGCAGGAUAAUAUCACAAUGCUAAAUUACUAUAUCACAAUAUUGUAUUGUGCCAUUACAAAAAUUUAUUUUGUCAUCACAGUACUGCAUGAUGUCACACAGUUCUCCAUUUUAUCACUACAGUGCUGAAUUGUGAUAUCACAGUGCUUCUUUCUUGUCAUCACUAUACUAUAAUCUAUUAUCAAAUUAUCCACUUUGCCAUCAAAAUGCUCAAUUAUGACAUUAACAUGCUCCAUGCACCAUUACAUUACCAAAUUGUGACAUACUCCAUUGUGAUUAAAAAAAAAUGCUGCAUUUUGCCAUUACAAUAGUAUAAUUUGCCAGCAAAGCUCUUCAUCACAAUGAUCAACAAUCCUUUAACAAUGCUACACUAUGAUAUCAUAAUUCAGUAUUUUGCUCUUGUCAUCAGGAAAAUCAGUUUGCCAUCACACUGCUGCACUGUGAUAGCACAGUACAAUAUUGUGGCAUCAUAAGCCUGAAUUAUAAAAAAAAACAAAACAAAAAAAACAGUGCUUCAUUGUGACACUACAAUGCUGAAUUUAGCAUCACAGUACUAAAUUGUCAUGGUAUCAAGUUCCAUUGUGUCAUUCCAAUACUGAAUUGUGAUAUCACAGUACUCCAUUUUGUUAUCACAGUUCUCAAAUUUGUAAUCAUCACAUUGCUUAACUUUCACACUAUAAUACUUCCUUUUGCCACCAAGAUAAUAUAUUGUGCCAUCACAAUGCUGCAUUGUGUCAUCUUGUUUUAUCAUAUUUUGGACAUGUGACAUCACAAAGCUAUAUUGUGCCAUUAAAAUCCUAAUUUUUAA